AUGCCUGAGCUGACAGACCGCGACCGGAAAUUCCAACUAUACUUCGCCCUCCUGGCGCCGCAAUAUGCCCACUUGACCUCGAACACAACCUACGACCUCCUGCUGCAAGCCUUCAACGGGCCUCUCCGAUCACGUCUCAGCAACCCGCUCACCUCGUCUGACCCUGUGACUGUGCACGAUAACGCUUCAGGCCCGGGCACCGCGACCUCGGCCUUACUCGCCUUCUGCCAAAGCGCCGACCUGCCGGUACCGACCGUCCAUGCCACGGAUUACACCGAAGCCAUGAUCGAGGCCCUGCAGCGCGAGAUCUCCGCUCGAGGCUGGGAAGGACCCAAAGUCACCGCUCGCGUGGCCGACUCUCAAGCUCUGGACUUUGGAGACGACACCUUCGACCUCGGGAUCGUCAACUUCAGCAUCGCAAACUUCGACAACGCCGAGAUGGCGAUGCGGGAACUGUACCGCACGCUCAAGCCCGGUGUUGGGACCGCGAUAGUCGCCAACUGGGAGACGUUCGGCUUCGCCACCGUCCUCAACGCGGCCAUGAAGAAGGUCAGACCGAGCAUCCCGGGCCCCUUGCCUGCGGCGGGCCAGGAGUUCAUGCAGGAGGACGUCCUCGUCAAGACGCUGGUGAGUGCUGGCUUCGAGAAGCACAAGAUCCUCGUCUACCAGACGGAGAUUGUGGUGGGUGACGCUGAGAGGUUGGCCGGCAUGAGGGACUUCAUGACCGGACCGUAUCUUGGGCCAGUCGCUUCGACACUGUCAGAAGAAGAGAAGAAGGAGUGGCCUGCUGCUGUGGCCAAGUCGAUUGAGGAGGCCAAAGCCGCCGAUGGGGGUGUGCUUUGUAAGGCGUGGGUGCUUGCUGCGUCGAAGUAG